AUGAAGAUUGCUUUAUUAUUAACUAUUUUACUCGCAUUUAUUGCAUUAUCAUUUGCAUGCGAUGAAUUCAAUCCAAACAUUUCAACCAUCGGUGAAUGUACAGCCACUCAAAAAGUAAGCUGGAAACCAACCGACAAUGCUCAAGUUCUCACUCCAGCUGAUCUCGAUCCACAAGAAUUAGGUAUGCACGAAGAACGUAUGGCUUACGUCCUUGCCAUCGCCAAACAACAAAAUAAGAAAUUCGUUGCUUCAAUCUACCACCAAAAUGGUACUUUAAUGUGUCUUGGUGUCAACACUGGUAAACCAAAUAUCAUUUCACAUGGUGAAAUCGUUGCCAUCAACAACUGUACUGCUUUACACGGUAUCACCUCUUUCACCAACUACACUCUUUACACUUCUGGAGAGCCAUGCGCCAUGUGCUCAGCUGCUCUUUUGUGGGCUGACUUCAAAACCAUUGUCUGGGGUACCUUCAACAGUGAUUUACUUUGCAAAAUCUGUAUGUCAAACAUCCCAAUGGAUUCCUCAUACAUCUUUGGCCGUUACUAUGGUUUAAGAGCUAGCCCACCAAGAGUUAUCGGUGGUGUCUUACGUACUGAAGCUGACGCCUGGUUCGGUUCAUACUGUAGCAAACCAACUUCAAUCUAUUACAUCAAACCACAAUGUGUCUGUACCAACACUACUUCACCAUUAAAGAUCGAUCAAACUCGUUACUCCUCAUGGUUUGAAAACGGUAAAACUGUCUCCCAAUUCGGUGGUAUCAUCACCAACACUGGUUCAGUAACCGUCACCAACCCAACCUUCACCUCAUCUCCACUCCGUCCAAACUCAAUCUGGGGUCUUGCUGUUGAUGAAACCAAAAAUACUUGGGCUCUCCAAUGGUAUCCAGUCAUCCAACCAGGUCAAACUUUCUCAUUCGGUUACAUCAUCGACGGUGAAGACCAAAUUGCUUUCCAACCAACUGCAUAA